UACGAUUUUUAGAUCAGUGGUGUAAAACGUAUUUAUGUUGUAAACCAUUUUUUGAAAGUACUUUUACAGUUAUUCGCCAAACUAUUAUUUACCAUCUAAGUAUAUUUACUUACUGUUACUUCAGAAGAAUCCUAUUUCCAUUGAUAAAGAUACUAUUGCACUUUAAGGUAGUGUGUGAACAAGGCUGCAGACUUUACUAGAGACUGUUAUGGUUUAUUCUUGAACUGAGUGACAAAUGGUUGUGACCAGUAUAUCCUGAUCACAGAAAUGUCCGACACUGAAAUUAUUCUUGAUGCCCUCAACAUCCUGGUUUCUCCAAGUUCACAAACCCGCAGCAAAAAUAAGACUGGAAGUCCAGAGGGAUUCCAGGCUAUGCUUGCACAGAACAUGGAAGAACUCCAGAAUAAAAUCGAUUUAGAUCCACGAUUUCUCUCACUAAAGAGUAUUACAGGAAAUACAGACAUUCACACAGGUGAGAAUGACGUCUGCUGGAGGUUUGUUACCUGUUGUUUACAUCUCCUCAAUGCUUUACAACAGUCAAUACACAAAGCAGCAGAGUUAUUUGUAGAGGCUCACAGGUCAGAAUCAAACCUGAAGCCACUGACACCCAGUCAAGCUCCAGCCAUGUCACCUGAUGUAUUGAGUGUUCCUCAGCAGAAAUCCGUCCUCACUGCGCUGCAGUUUAUCGUGUGUUUAGGUCUCUGUCCGUACUUCCAGGAAGGAGUGGGUAUUCCUCUCCACAAACGAUCAGGGUUCAGCGAUCUCAUCAACAGAGAUGUUACGCUAUCGGAGAGUGAGAAAUGUUUGCGUCUGCUGGAGUGUGCGAAGGUCUUAAUGCAGUGUGUUGACGUGUCUUGUCUGGGAGCUUUGAUCCUCUCUAGACAUCUGGGUGACCUUCUGGCUGUUCUGCUUCAGCUCAGUUUUGGUGGAAGUCGGAAGAAGAAGGCUGAAAAAACACAACCUUGUCUUCCACACUCUCCUUCUGAGAGGCCGGCACAAGAUAUGACACCUGUGUCUGCUGUAGAUAGAGUUAUACAGCAGACGUGUGUAAGUGUUGAUGUUUUGGUUGAGGACAUGGCUGAUCCAUGUCUUCCACACUCUCCUUCUGAGAGGCCAGCUCAAGUUCUGACGCCUGCGUCUGCUGUAGAUAGAGUUAUACAGCAGAUGCGUGUAGGUGUUGGUGGUUUGGUUGAGGACAUGUCUGAUCCAUCAGGUUCUCGAUCUAACGAGACCAGUGGGCAGAUUACUCCUCCAGGUAACACCAACAGCUCAGCAGAUGAGAGGUAUCAGAAUAGUGAUGUUGAGUUUUGCGAGCGUUCCUUGCAGCAUCUACUCGAUCACGUGUCACCGCCAAUCCUGGUGCGGGAGCUGAUUCUACUUCAGGGAGGACCAGGACAGAAGCCUGCUAAGAGGAAAGAUUGUGCUGUUUCAGCAGGUCUAACUCCAAGUCCACCUUGGAUGAGAAAAGCUUGUGGCCGGUUGCUGUCCACGAUCCUCAUCAGACCAAAGGGUGUGCUACAUGUUCUCAGGGGAAUGCUGGACCCGUCUGCUGGUGACCCGAAUCAUUGGAAGAAGUGUGACGCGGUUGCCAAGGUCAUCUCUCGUUGUCCGAUGACUGUAUCGUCCGUAGAGGAGUACUUGAAGCUCGUGUGUCCACAGAUCUUGUCACUGCUGACCGAGUCGGAUCCCCGUAGUGCUGGUCACUUUCUGCGUGUGGUCUCCAGUUUUAUCACAGAGGUCAUCCAACGACACCCCGAAUUAGCGCAGCAAUAUCUCAUACAUCCCAUCAUACAACCUCUUCAGAUGUCUUUACGGGAUCACAACACUGAAUGGACAUCCAGUUCAGCAUCAUGCGUUGUGGUACAAGACAAAGAGCUGAAAAUCUGCAUUGAAUCUUUGCAUAAGAUUGUUGUGCUUGGCUCUGAAUCCUGUAGUGUGUUUUUGCCCUACCUGCAUCCAGUUUUACAGCCACUGUUUCAGCUGUUCUUGUAUCGUCUUACUAGCCAGUCGAUACUUGGAAAAUCAUCUGUGGACGUUUUGAUAUCUUUCCUCAAGCAGUCUGACCAGGAUGUUAGCUUGGAUCUACUUUUAUACCUGGCAUUUGGAGAGACCAACAAGAACUGCAGUCUCCAGUUUUCUUGCAUUCAUCCCAGAAUGUGUUUCCAUAGCAACAGCAGUGGUGGAAUUGAAAUUAUGUACGAUAAUGAGAUGACACCUCAAAGUGAAGGGCUGGAUGACCUAGACUCUCUGGUGGAUGGUUUGGUUCAAGUCAUUAAAGAGCUGGAGCGGUGUGGAAUUGCAGGAGAAUUCUUCCUGACUUUACUAAAGGAAUUGACGGAGAUCAUCUCCAGUGAAUCGCCUACAGUGCGUGAUGCGGGUGAAAGCUCGUCACGAGGUGGACGCGAGUUGCUGGAGAUAGAGGAGAGGCAAGAGGCCGAGACGAAGAUGUUCAGGAAAAGACUCAUCAUUCUGAAUCUUCUGGCCUCCAUGUGUGACAGACUCGGACCUGCCUGUCUGACGAGUACAAGACAUAUUCUUCACUUUGUCAUGAGCACACUGGAGCGAGCAGUCACGGUGUUACAACUGACAGAUGAAGCCAUGACUGCGUUGUUUGAGACGGAAACGAUCUCCAUGGCGAUGGGACUCCUCACAGCAGUAAUGGGUGGCCAGCAGAAGGUAAGUGACCGUGACCAAGCCCUGAUGCAAGAGUUGCUUCCCCUGCUGGAGGAGAUUCAUUUGAACCACCCAGAUGAAACUAUUCAGGAAAUGGCGACAGAUAUUAGGAUUGCCAUAGCAACCCGGGGGGCUGUGUGGUCUGAUCUGAUUAAAAAUGAGGGCAGUGAUUUCAGAAUGUUAUCAGAAAAGGUAAAAAAUAUGAAAACAUCGAAGACAGUAGAAAGCAGGAAUACAAAUAAAGGUUUAGUUGAAGUGUUGCCCGAAUCUAGCACCGACUUUGACAAACACAAUUUGGUUCUGCAAACUGGAUCAGAAUGUAGGAACUCCAAAGAAAAGGUUCUUGUGGAAGUGUUAUCAGAAUCAGACAUCAGUUCUGAUAUAAAAUCAACUGAGUUGGAACCAGAUCAACACACUGAUCCAGUUUCUUCUGAUACUAACACUUCGGAUACUCGAGUCGAUGUAUCUUUGACAGCUGUUCAUCAGUCAAGUGUUACAGCAAGCGGACAGCAACUCAAAGAGGUUGAUGUGCCAUCACAGCAUCAUGGUUCUCAUGCAGAAUCUAGUAAACCUCAGCUUGACUCAAACAAUAGAACAGAUUCAAAUAACUCUACUGACUCAAAUAUUACCACUGACUCAAAUAAUACCACUACCUCAAGUAACAUCACUGACUCAAAUAACACCACUGACUCAAAUAACACUACUGACUCAAACAAUACCACCGACUCAAAUAAAAUCACUGACUCAAAUAACACCACUGACUCAAAUAACACUACUGACUCAAAUACUACCACUGACUCAAAUAGUGCUACCGACUCGGACUUGAGUAAACAUUUACCCAAAUCAACCGAAUCAUCUGAACUGCAACAAGCUUUAAUAGAACUUUGCGACCCGUUGAUUCCGGUCAGAGGUCACGGGUUACUCAGACUCACGAAGCUGGUUGAGUCGAAGUCGCGGGAGGUGGCCAACAGAAGGGAAAUGAUUCUGAACGUCUUCUUAGAAAACCUCGACCACCCGGACACGUACCUCUACCUGGCCUCCGUUAACGGUCUGGCGGCCAUGGCAGACGCUCUGCCAGACGGAACCGUUCCAAGGCUAGCACGGGAGUUUGCCAAUUUCGAUUCCGAAGAAAGGAAGGUAAAGAGAAGUGUGGAGCUGAGGCUGAAGCUGGGAGAGGCAUUGGUGAAGGCGUCCAGGAAUCUUGGAGACCUGAUUCCGGUGUACCGUGACGUCCUGCUGUCGGCCAUCUUGAGCGGUGUGCGAGAUGCUGACGAUGAUGUCCGUGCCAGUAGUCUGUCCAAUCUCGCUCAAGUGUGUCAGCUGCUCCAGUACUCACUCGGGCCGGUUGUUCACGAAAUUUUCUCGUGCUGCAGCACUGUAUUGAAAAGUGACAAGAGCGCCAUUGUGCGAAGAGCGGCAGUCCUUACCAUAACCUUACUGUUGCAAGGUCUCGGCAAAGAUGCCCUGCAGGUUCUCUCCGAUGUUCUGCGAGACAUGUACAGACUUCUGAAGCAUGUCAAAUCGACGGACCGUGACGACGUUGUUCAACUUCACGUGCAGCUUGCGCUCGAUGAAAUGGAUAAGAUUGCAAGAGACGCCCUGUUUCCCAAACAGUCAUUGGAGAAGAAGAUCAUGGUCUUACAUCCGGACUAAUCAUCUGUGUGUGUUACUUCAGUUACCAUACGUCAGAUCAUAAUCAAUGUGUCAUGAAUAAAUUGAGUUAUUGUUCA